CUUUGAAGCUAUGCAGUUGAGCUGUUGAAGAUUCCUUGAUUUAAAAAAAAUAGUUUGAAGGAGUAAUGAAUAUUGGUUCCGGAGAUUUUCUAUAUAAAUUCACUCCUUCUCUCACUUUCUCUCUUGCAUAUAUCAACAGCUGUCAAAGACACAUACACACACUCACUCUCUAGUGCCGCAAGCAAGAGAAAGCACAAAAAGCAAACCAUAACAGUGAGCUUUUCUUUUCAUUUUGUUGACAAAUGUACCUCAAAGAUUAUGUCCAAAUUUUAUGGUUUCAGACUUUUAACUUCCAAAUAAAGCCUUUAACUUUGCGUUUUCUUUUCCAUUUUCACCACACCCCUUUUACCCAGUUCACAAUUUCAUUCACAAUUCUCAUUUGGGUUCAUCCAUGUCUUCAGAUAUAAGCUAAAAAAUUUGCCUUUUAAGUUUUAAUAUCCAUGGAAACUUGGAAUUUCAAUGCUUGUAUCAGCUUAAUUGGUUCUGUUUUGUAUUGCAGCUGUUAAUCCUUAUAGAAUCUUUUGAAGCACUGAGGUUGGAAGGUUGGGUGGAAGUGAAAGCUGUGAUGGGUAGGGAUCGGUUGCUAUUGGCCACGGUCGGACCGCCAUUAAAACGGCGAGCAGGGUUGAGGAGGAAACAAGCUGGAAGAGGGUCUUAUAGAGGAAGCUAAAGCAAAGGUGGUGUUGUGGGAAUUGAAGGGUUUUUGUUGUUGGUUUCUUUUUUUGGGGGGUAGUGGGAGAAAUUAGAGAGUGAUUAUAAAUAACCCUUUAUUCAAAGGGUACCAAACUUUUGAUUUUUGUGGAAGAAGAAGAUGAGUACUAACUUGCAUCAACUACUAAGAAGCCUUUGUUUGGAGAGUGAUUGGAAGUAUGCUAUCUUUUGGAAGCUACAACAACACUGUGCUAGGAUGUAGGGAUCUUGACAUGGGAGGAUGCUUACUAUGACAGUCCUGAUAAUUGUGAUUCUUCCCAAAGUGGUUGCGAUUUUUCACAGGACCCUCUAGGAUUAUCUGUGGCAAAGAUGUCGUAUCAUGCAUAUUCGUUAGGGGAAGGUAUUGUUGGACAAGUAGCUGUUACUGGAAAGCAUCAGUGGAUCUGUGCAGAUAAUCAAGUUACAAGUUCCGGCCCAUCUUUUAAGUUUGCUGAUGGAUGGCAAUCUCAGUUUUCUGCUGGCAUUAGGACAAUUGCUGUUGUAGCUGUAGUCCCACUCGGAGUUGUUCAACUUGGUUCUUUAAAUAAAGUUAGUGAAGACAUAAGGGUUGUAACUCAUAUCAGAAGUCUCUUUUUGUCAUCUCAUGAUCACACAUUAGGUUACCUUCCUAGUCAAAUCCAAAGUGUGAAACCCACCACACAGAAAACCAUGACGUGCGAAACACUGAAAAUGUUAAUGCCCUUUCAAUGUCCUCCGAAUAACUAUUCACCUCCUGCUGUGGCCAAGCAUGAAGGGCCUGUAAUUAACAGUGAUCAAAGUUCCAUCUUGCUUCAGUCAAUGUCAAAUAUAAUGACUGCGGAGGAUCAGAAACUAGUAGGGACGAAGCCUGCAAAUGAAAGGAAGUGUGAAGGGAACAGUAAUAGCUGCAAAGAUACUAGUUUGAAAUCAGACAAAAACAUCUCAUCGUUAUUACCUGAUUCAGUUAUGUAUAAUAUUAGUGCCAAUGAUUUGAUAAGUCCAUCGGAAAACGGCAGAGCUGAUACUGAGAUGUUAAAGUUUCAGAGCAUGUCUUGUUAUGGGGAUACCUCGUACACGUUGAAGUUCCCUGCUGGCUAUGAGCUACACGAAGCACUUGGACCAGGUUUUCUGAAAGAGAGUAAAUAUUAUGAUUGGGCAGUACCAGAAAAUCAGGAUAGUAAAGCUGCUGAGAUGUCGGAUGAAAUUAGCUGCAGUCAAUUGACUUCUGAAUCUCGUCCGGAGCAUCUUUUGGAAGCAGUGGUGACCAAAGUUUGCCAUAGUAAUAAUAAUAAGGUUGAUAACGAGUUAUCGUUUUCUACAUCAGUGCAGGAUUCAAUGGCCUCUGGAAGAAAUCCUGGAGUUUCUAUUCAUACCGUCCGCACUAUUAAUUCUGAAGGCUAUUCAAUUGACCAACCAUCUCAUGUUAAAGAGGACAAGCAUCAUAGUUUGAGUUCAUCAGGAAUAUGCGGUCUGAUAUCCCCUAAAAGUUUUUCUUCUACAUGUCCUAGUUCAUGUAGUAACCAGUUUGAGAGGUCUUCUGAACCGUCUAAAAACAGCAAAAAGAGGGCAAGGCCUGGGGAAAGUUGUAGGCCUAGACCAAGGGACAGACAGCUGAUCCAAGACCGUAUUAAGGAGUUACGAGAACUUGUGCCAAAUGGAGCAAAGUGCAGUAUUGAUUCACUGUUGGAGUGCACAGUAAAGCACAUGCUCUUUCUCCAAAGCAUAACUAAGCAUUCUGACAAGCUAAAUAUAUUUACUGAAACAAAGACAAAGUCGCGUGAUCACAUGGAUAAAGACAUUCACGGACCCUCUGGUUAUCAGCAGGGUUCAAGUUGGGCAAUGGAAGUAGGAGGCCAUCUGAAGGUUCAUUCGAUAUUAGUAGAAAGUCAUGGUAAGAAUGGGCAGAUGCUUGUUGAGAUGCUUUGUGAGGAGUGCAACCAUUUUCUUGAGAUAGCAGAAGCCAUAAGAAGCUUGGGAUUGACGAUUUUGAACGGUACAACUGAACCUCGUGGUGAGAAGACAUGCAUAUGUUUUGUUGUUGAGGGACAAAACAACGUAAAUUUACAUAGGCUGGAUAUCUUGUGGCCGCUUGUUCAAUUAUUGCAGUCCAAGAGCACAGUGCAUUCAUGAUAAAUGUUUGGUUCUUGGAAUGUUUGCUGCUUCUUUUCCUGAGCAAAGUCUCGGGAGAAGGAAACUUGUAGAGAGCUUUAAAAAAAAAAAAAAGAGGAAGCAAUCCUUAACAUUUUGAUACCAAUUUCAUGGAGACUUUAAGUGUGAGAGAGGUCUCCAUUAUUUUGUCUUUCUUGUGUUCAGGUUUGAUUGUGUAUUGUGUAUCUUUUUAUGAUCUGUAAGUGCUUGAAAUUGAAAAUACUUA